AUGGCUGCCCAAGAUUCUCCCCAGGCUAAGAUCACAGACUGGGUCAAACCGGGUGACCCGACUGGAGAGUUCAAGCGCCAGCCGAGCUCAUUCCGUAGCUUCAUCUCGCGUUGGCGGUUCCCGACUGCUGAGGACACCGACGCAGAGGGGGAGAAUGUCGUUCCUGAUCCUGUCCCCGGUCAUGAAGGCUUCACCCAUCUGCGCCAUGUCUACUUCCAAAGUAAUCCAAGUUACACAGGCCGGUUCACUGUUCCCGUGUUGUAUGACAAGAAAACGCAAACCAUUGUCAACAACGAGAGCAGUGAGAUCUUGCGGAUGCUGAAUUCUGAGGUAGACUUGUAUCCAGAGCCCCUCCGCCAGCAAGUUGAUGAAGCCGAACAAUGGCACUACGAUCUCAUCAAUAACGGCGUGUACAAGUCUGGCUUCGCUACUACGCAGGAAGCGUAUACGCGCAACGUCACAGCGCUGUUCUCUGCGCUGGACCGCGCUGAAGCCCAUCUUGCUGCCACGGAGAGCGAGGGACCGUACUGGUUCGGGAAGACACUGACUGAAGUUGAUAUCAGACUAUAUGUAACGCUCAUUCGGUUCGAUCCCGUCUACGUGCAGCACUUCAAGUGUAACCUCCGCGAUAUUCGUUCCGGUUACCCUGCGCUCCAUCGCUGGAUGCGCCAUCUGUACUGGAACCACGAGGCCUUCCGCCUCACCACCAACUUUGCACACAUAAAGUUCCAUUACACCAAGUCGCAUUCCCAAAUCAACCCGUUGGGUAUCACGCCUCUGGGACCUGUGCCGGAUGUGCUGCCUUUGGAUGAGGAGGUCCCCGCUGCAACUGCAGCAGUGGCCGCCGCCAGCAAGACGGGACCCGUGUCGAAAGAUCGCAAAGUGGGGGGCAAGACUCCCAACAAACGGUAUGGCAAGGUGGCCGAGCGGUCCAAGGCGCCACGUUAA